AUGCCUCGUCUCGUUCUCGUCCCGUCACGAACGAAUCGUCCAACAUCUCAUCGUCUCUUCAAUCAUACGUCCAACCACACCAACAAGUACAACCACAGUCCAUCAAACCGCAACCACACAAGAGAAGCAAUGUCCUCCUCGCGCCCUCAUCCAUGGCAGCAAGAUUCCUCCUCCGCCGCCGCCUCUCUCCAGCACGACCAGCCACCAGAGCGACCACUUCGAAUCCGUCAGUACUUCGUCGACGCCUCCGUUCGAAGCCGUGACCGAGACAACAUGGACUUCGGAGGAGCUGCGUGGUGCACUUGGGAGACCGGGCAGUGGGUGGGUCGUGGGAUCGCGCUGGGAAAUGCGUGGGCACAUCGAGACGAGCUUUCUCUCCAGGCGGAGAUUAUGGCGAUCGACUUCUUUCUGGACGAAGCUCUCACGAAAGCGUACCAGCUGGAUGUGUUCGUCGUUUACAGCGACUGCACCUUUGCCAUGUACGAUGUGGAUGCGCAGAAGCGUGGACAAUACCGUGGCCCUCACUAUCGCUUGUUGGAAGAUAUCGGGGAGAAGAUCGAGGAGCUUGAGGACCGAGGAAAGAGUGUGGUUUUCAAGCACGUCCCCGGCCAUCUCCCUCCCUCCCCGAACAACUACCAGGCAUUUGGCAACCAUGCAGCCGACGAAAUGGCGAAAAUCGCAUGCAGAGCAUCAAUGCACGGCAAAGACGACGAUGCGAAAGAGCUCCGCCGUAUCCAGGACAUCAUCUACUUGAACAACAUUCAAGCCGGCAAGACCAGUCAUCUCGCGCCAGAAGCCAACCCAUUUCCCGGGAUCGCGGAAUCGGAAGGAGUGCUGGAUAUGGUCCAUGCGAGCCCCUUCGCCGCGCCGCACUCUACCGAGUUGGAGGGAGGGCUGGAUCCCAUACGUAAGAGCCUCGCAACUACGCCGCUCUUCCCACCACCGUCGAACAACUCCCAUCACAACCCGCCGAGUGCCCUCGUAGCAGCAGGCCCGAAGCGCACAGCGUCUGAUCCCAGACGUCCCUCCAAACCCGCACACCGACGACGCAUGAAUGCUUUCCGUCAUCUCGACCAGCCCGAGGAGAACGACACGCCUGUGAUGGCUCGAGAGCGCCAACGCCGAACCGCACAGCGAUACGACGACCCGUCUUCACAUCCGCCAGAUCUCUUUGUUGGACUUCUUUCAACGCAAGUCACAACGACAUUCUACGCGACGGAGAAGCGAUACAACACUCGACACGAUACAGCAUGCGAUGUAUUUGAGCUUGCCAAUGGUCGUCUUCCGGUCAUCUUCCUGCUUCAGACCUCUCACAAACUUCAGAAAAUGACCAACCCAAGCAAAACCCCAGAUCGAAACCAGAACGGCGGCGGCAACGAGCAUCUAGACGAUGCCUUUCAGCCCAGCUCCCUGUACGAGUUCGAUGAGUCGGACACACUCCAGAUGCAUAGACUGACCAACACGAACAUGCAAGGACUAUUCGAACCAGUCGGGUAUCGACGUACUGCUCAACGUCCGUUCGACUACGGUGCUGCAUCCAAACAACUCGCGCCACCAACCACUCUUCAACAGACUCAAGAACCGAUGUUUGUGACCCCUCGUGAGGUUCUGCACAACUCUCCACCGCCUCGUCGGGUUACGUACAUGCCACGGUUUGGAGAGGAUCAGGACAGUGAGAUGCAGCGGCAGGCUCAGGGAGUUGAGGAUGAGGAUGCUGACGCCGACCAUGAGUCGAUCACCGAGGAAGAGUGGCGGGCUCAUGAGUUCCAGGACCAGAUGGCUGACGCCGAAGAAGUUGCGGCUGAACCUCAGCAGGAACAGCAGGAGCAGAUCGAGGAGAAUCAGCCAGAGGUUCCAGAUGCAGAUAGCUCCGGCACCCACGCUAUGCCGGUCAAGCUGAGCGAUGAUGAGGAGCAUGAGCAGGAUGACAGUGAUCUCUCCGACGAAGACGAUUCUGCCGACGAACCCACUCCUGCACCACCCACCCAGCCUCCCUCGUCCAUGAAGCGCCCUCGCUCGCCUGCUCCAGCACUUGGAGGUACGUACACCUACAAGGGCGCGACGUAUGUCAUCCAGGGUGACGAGCCGGAGGAGUGGUUGCGAGGUGAGUCGACCGGAUCCAAGAGACAGAAGACCAGUGUCGCGGGGGCGAAGAAGGCUCCAGUCCCGGCUAAGGGUGGUGUCGCUUACAAGAAGAAGAGUGCAGACAAGGAGGAGGCCGAGCUCGAGGAUGACGGUGACGACGACAGCGAUGAGGAUUAUGAUCCUGAUGCUUUGGAUCUCGAUGAUUGA